AUGCGAUGCGGUAUUAUUUUCAGGUCAUCUGUAGCUCAGCUAAGUACAGCAAAUUUAUUAGCCGGAACUAACUCUCGACCAAUCUGCUUAACGUUGCAAGGUCUAUCUCCUGGACAAGCACGUAUAUGCGAAUUGUUCCGAGACCACAUGCCUGCUGUUGGAGCUGGCGCUAAAACCGCUAUCGCUGUUCGUUUGACCUUUUUUUCUCGUUAUUUUUUUAUCGAAGUAUGGUUAUUUUUUCAGGAAUGCCAGCAUCAGUUCCGCAACGAGCGCUGGAACUGUUCUACACCCUAUGGUUCUGGUUAUUUUGGUCCAGUUCAUAAAAUUGGUUCACGUGAAGCUGCUUUUACAUAUUCCAUUUUAUCAGCGGGCGUAACGCAUGAAAUAGGUCGUCGAUGUCGACUUGGUUUGCUACAAUCAUGCGGCUGUAGUCAAGCAGCUCGGCCAAGUAGUGUUAAUGCAGAAUGGACUUGGGGAGGCUGUGGAGAUAAUAUUGAAUAUGGCUACAGAUUCAGUCGCGACUUCAUUGAUGUUCGAGAAAAAGAAGAAGGAUAUCCGAAACGCUCCACUGAUCACGGACGGUCACUCAUGAAUAGGUGGAAUAAUGAAGUCGGUAGAAGACUACUGAAACGUAAUACUCGCCCCAAAUGCAAAUGUCAUGGAGUGAGCGGUUCAUGUAACAUGAAAACGUGUUGGAUGCAGUUGCCAACUAUGAGACAGAUGGGGUCAGUGUUAUUGGCUAAAUACCGAACAGCUAAGCGUAUUCAGAUUAACGUACGUGGAAAUAUGCAAAUUAAGAGCCAACCAGGAAAAAGAGAUCGAGAAAGAGGUGGUGGACGAAAAAACCGUGCUUUGCAAACAGAACUUGUUUUUUUAGAUGACAGUCCUGACUACUGCGUUGAAAACAGGAUGCAAGGAACGAUGGGUACCACAGGAAGAAUCUGUAGGAAGGGUACGCAUGGUCCUGAUAGUUGUGACUUUCUAUGUUGUGGUCGUGGCUAUAACAGUUAUACGAAAGAAACGGAAACAAAAUGCAGGUGUAAAUUUCAGUGGUGUUGCAAAGUUGUAUGUCAGACGUGCGUUAACCAAACGCAGGUGAACAUUUGUAAAUAG